AUGGCUCUCUGGAUAAUAAUUAUGAGUACUGUUCUAGAGACAGAUGCUUACCAGCAGUUAAAGGAUGAAUGUCUAUCACUCCAGUCCAAGGCAUAUGCACGAGAAAUUGAUGAGCAUAAAGAAACAAUGCUUCUGGUGAACAAGGCGGAUCUCUUACCUUUGAUGAGUGCUUGCAUAUACAGGAGAAGCAAGUGUUACAACAACCUUGAUGAGCCUAAGUCUUUCUUCUUUGGCUCCUUCUUUGGACAAGGGUUAUACAAGAAAGCAAAUCCUUGCUAG